AUGACGCUCCUUCUUUCCAAUCAGUUUGCUGAAUUGAAGGGUGCCGUCUUCAAGAAAUUUGACAGAGAGGGUCUAUUCCAGGUGGCCAUGUCAGAUCUCACAGAACGUUUUCAGCUCUCAUUGAUGCUCUCAAUCAUAUCAAUUAGAAAUUUGGCACAAUUAAACAUGACUCAGUUGGGUCUCGUCGUACCAGAUAGCUGGAAAUCAUGGAAUAAAUGGUUUGGAGCAAUCUUCGGUCCUUCAAUCGUGGUACUUGGAUCAGAAGUCUUUGUUGACUGGCUAAAACAUUGCUUCAUCAUCAAGUUUAACCGCAUAAAGCCUAGAGUUUACAAGAAUUUCCUCUAUGUGUCGAGCACUGACUUCAUGGAAGUGUUCACUUCGAACUCUCAAAAAUCUACUCUGCAUGAAAUCUCAGACUAUGUGAUUCUUGCCAAGAGAAUUGGUCUUCCAAUGUUGUCGUUAUCGAUCUGCUUUUUAAGGAUGACUCUCCGUGAUUUAAAACAGAUUUACGUUCCUUCCCCCAACAUCCUGAGCAUUUUGUCCUGCGGUCUUCUUGCAACACUUACAUUCAUCACUUUGGUAAUCAUUCGAUUAGUGUUGGGUUUAUGGCUAUUGAAAUGGGCAAAAAGUAUCAAGGGCAAGCAUGAAGAAUAUCAAAAGGAGGUUCUGGCUGCUGCUUCAGCCAAAGCAUUCUAUGCCGAGGAGCUGAGUGUGGCUUCCAUGCAAGAGGGCCUCUUCGACUCAGAAAAUAGCAGGGGCGUUGGAGGCAAGUUAGAAGGAGACGAGAAUCUGCAUUUCAGUCUAUACACAGAUCUGAAUUGGUCACGAGAAAUGUCUCCAACUGAUGUCCAUGACACGAUGUCAGGCCGUGUAUACGAUUCAAGCGAUUCACAAAGCGAGAUCGAGCAAUCUUUCAUUCCUGGGAUCCCUAACACGGAAUCAUCCUCCAUCAAUCCUCGCACAAGAGGGUUUUUGUACGAUUACGGGGAGCUGGUCCCACCGAAUGGAGAAGAGCGAAGGAAUGAUAUGGUGAGAAAAAGAGUUAAACUGACUCUGAAAACCUCCCAGGAUCUCGGUGAGCUGUUGAAAGCAGUUCACAGGUAUGAAAUGUCUAGCAAGCGCAUUUGGUAA